AUGCCGGAACAUCCGUCUGCAGACUCAUCAGCCACCGACAACACCGUAACCGUCAAGCGUUAUGCGCCUCCCAAUCAGCGGAAUCGUUCACUCGGCAGGCGAAAAUCUGGAGGAGAUCGACUUGAAAGAGCUAGCAGCUAUGCUAGUGAUGGAGAGAAGAACCAAAUGAGUGCAGCUAAGUCUGUAUCUGAUGCUGGUGUCAAUCGAGUGAAUGAGUAUCCUCCAACAAAGUUAAUACCGCUACAAGGAUGUUGUACAAGCGAAGCUUUUCAGCUACUGAAUGACCGCUGGGCGGCUGCUCUGAAUGCUCACAAUAAUUUAUCAGAAGAUUCUCGUGGUAACAUCAUAUAUUCUUUUGGAUGGUAUGUUGAACAGUUCUAA